UUUGGCUGAAGGGAUUUACAAACCGACACGUCAACCGCGAACCAAAAACAUGGCGAAGUAGAGGAAGAAACUGCCUAAAAUCACUACUUUAAAUCCCUAUUCUGGGGAAAAUGGAAAAGAAAUACAAUCUUAGAAGCCCAGCUGUGAAGCGGUUGAUGAGAGAAGCAAAAGAGCUUCAUCAAGCUACAGAACUCUACUAUGCUCAACCUCUAGAGGAUAAUCUAUUUGAAUGGCAUUUCACAGUUCGAGGUCCACCCGAUACUGAAUUUGCAGGUGGGCGAUACCAUGGCCGCAUCACCCUCCCACCAGAGUACCCCAUGAAGCCACCCAGUAUCAUGCUAUUAACACCCAAUGGUCGGUUUGAGAUUGGAAAGAAGAUAUGCCUGAGCAUGUCAGCUCAUCAUCCUGAAACAUGGCAGCCUUCAUGGAGCAUCCGUACAGUGCUGAUGGCUAUCAUUGGAUUCAUGCCCAGUAAAGGAGCAGGUGCUAUUGGUGCACUGGAUUACUCACCAAAAGAAAGGAGUGCUUUGGCAAAGAAGUCUGCUGAGUGGAAGUGUAGUGUUUGCGGGUCCUGUAACAGUAAUGCGCUAUUGGACGAAGGAAGUGAUUCAACCAAAACUAAGGAAGAUGAACAAGAAAUAGCAGAAAUAGCUGGGCAGAUUGCUUUCAAGGAAGAAGACAAGAAGAAAGAAGACACUAGUACAUCUAUAUCAACAUCACCUCAAUCAACACCCAACACAGGAACCAAUGAUGUUGGAGCUACCCCUCCCAUCUACCCUACCCAGAUACCCAUGUCUAACCCAUGGAUGGGCUAUCAACAGCAAUACAUGGCUUAUAAUCCGUAUUACAUGACCUAUGGUUUCAACUACCCUGGAGUCUUUGGAGGUCAAGCACCAGUGGGCGAACCAAUACUCACUGAAAAUGCUAAUCAGAAUCAAUCAACCAAUCAGAGUACAGAUGCUAAUAUUAAUCAACCAUCGAAUCAAGAAGCAACCAAUCAGAACUCAGUAUCCAAUAGCACCGAAUCAAGUGUUCGACAGCGGACUGUUACUAGCCAACAGGGGCCUCAAAACCAACCGGCGCAUGCGCCCACUGUAAACGCUGCCGUACAACAGCAUUCGAUGCAUGCCGGCAUGGCGUCUUUAAUAGUGAUGUGGCUUGUAGCUGUGUCUAUAAUUGCUUUGGUGUUGCGACGCAUUUUCAUUGAAUGAUUCUCCUUUUAUCGCAAUGGGUUUCAAGCAGUAAGACGUAUUAACCCCAAGCAAUGGUCAUAAUUGGCCCGCGUUUUUACAGGUCAGCGCUUAAUGUUUUUAAUGCUGGUCAGUAGUAACGUGGAGUCAUUUGGCUUAAAAGCGCUUAUGCGCAUGCGUUUCAGAGCUAGACUCGGUCCUUACAUGGCUGAGUUGAGAACCACGAUGUAAGAUACAAAACAAAUGGURUAUAUAAUUACACUCUCACUUGGUAGGCGUUCCCCAAUUAACUCAGGACUACCGUAAAGUUGACUGGAUGAAUAUAAGUUUUUCGUCAUGGAAUAGAAUAGGCCGUUUGCAUGAUGGCGUCAUUUGAUUGCCACUACCAAAAUCCUUCGCGAUUUUAAUAAACUGAAUAAGAAGGUGUGCAGGGGAUUCUGGUAGUAGUAAAUAACUGAUGCCAAUAAUCUUUUUACAAAGUACGAAUUUCUCGCUCGCUGAUUGGCUAUUUUUUAUCAUAAGAGGACAGACAAAUAAGCUGACGUCAACAAAAGCGCGAUCUUUCCGUUGGUUGCUUUGAUCACUAAAAACGAGAUCAGAAGAUUUAUCGUUUUUGUUUUUGUUGUAAAGAAUUACAUCAGACCUUUGUCCGUCCUCUUAUUGACGAUAAAUUGCGUCGUCACAUUUUCAAAUUACUUUGACAAUGUGAUGACGCGAUGUAUCGUCGAUAAGAGGACAGGCAAGAAACUGGAGUAAAUCUGUUAAAUUUCGGAUAAUGCUGGAUAGAGGCCUAUAUGAUAUUGUGCAUGCGCGUUGAGUCCUGGUGCUUUAGGAAUAAAAUAGCGAGUGGGGGAAAUAAAAGUAAUAGGACGCCGGGGUGGAAAAUACGAGAAGCGACGCAAUAAUACUGCGCACGCACCAAAAAUGUUUGUAGUUUUAUACCACUAUACUAUAAUUGAACUUACCAAUUUUAUUAUUGAAUUACGAGAGAAAUAUAUUACUAUUCGGAACAA